AUGAUUAACGAAGGUGUGAAGGCGAAAGAGGCCCGGUCACCCGUCCGUGUGGCCGGGAAGACAGGGAAACAAGGCAGUAGCAAAGAACAAACUCGUCAUGAUCGUGAUGCGGAGAUUUUCUACAAUAAAAGCACGGAUCGCCCAGCUUUCCAGUUCACUAAUUCGCGGCUCAGGAGUAGGCUGCUGCGGGAACAGGAGAGUGCAGGGGAGGAUAUAUAUGAGUGUUCGUCUAGGGACUCCCUGCAGUCACUGCAGCAGCUCGUGGAGACAGAUCACCUUGUCCCGGCCCUGGAUAGCUCCCUGCUGAGGGAGAAGUAUUUGUUUGGGGACAGCUCAUCGUACGGGGAGGUUUCGCGGGAGGGCCCCGCCAGGAGUUUCACCAGGGACACAAACUUCUUGAAAUCUAAGAUGAGUUACACCGGGUACCAGAUAUCAGGGUAUAAGAAGUAUCAGGUUUCUGUGGAGUUGCAAACGGUCGAUUUCCCAGUGGGGCAGAGGAGGGACUCGCAGGUGUUGCAGCCGCACAUGACUGGGUUUCUCACGAUCAAGGGGCUCACGAACAACCACCCGGAAAUCUCCACGUUCUUCGAUUGCUACGCUGUGACAAGUAACAAGUUUGGGUUUUUGUCCUCCUCGUGGGGGGACACACCCAUUGCGCAAUGUUUUGCCGCUUCGGAACAAACAGAUAUGGUGCACUGGCUGAACUUCCCAGCGUUCAAACAACUAGAAAUGGCAAACAGGGACAAACAGGUCAACUACGUACCGGAUUACCUCAACCACCGGUACAUCUUCAUGCGGUGGAAGGAGAAGUUCUUGGUCCCAGAUCCGUUUGUGAACUCAGUGGAGGGUGCAUCGUACGACGGGUUCUACUACAUCGUGCACGACCAGUAUACGGGGAACAUCCAAGGGUUUUACUACCACGAGGACGCGGAGAAAUUCCAACAACUGGAGUUGGUGCCCUGUCCCCACACACCAGGGAAUUCAAACUUCGCAAUGGCAUGA